AAAUUGCAAGCAACAGAAUACUUUUAAUUGAGAAUUAUGAUAAGAAGAAAAAGGAGAGAACGGCUGGUCUCAUGCAGAUUGCCCCCGAAGUCGCAGAAUGGCUUGCUAGGGAAAUGGGGUACAGAAAUUACGAAGUAGAGGGCGAUCCAAUGUUGCUGUACAAGCCUUUUGUGAAUGUGUACUUCGGUGCUGCUUACAUAAAAUGGCUGUCCUCUUCUGAUGGAAAAGAAAGAAGCGAAGAAUUUGUUAUCAGAGCUUAUAGAGGAGGCAUAAAGAAGGCUACUCACAAAUCGACAGCAGAUUAUUUCCAAAGAUAUCUAUCAGUCAGAGACAGUUUACUUGCUAAGAGGUUUUGUGAUUUUUUCUACCCCAUAUAAAACCAAAUAUUGCUG